AUGAUCGAAUUAUUAUUUAUUGCAGUAGUGGUAUUUUUAAUUGGAGUUGACUACUUAUUUAAUUAUAAUGAGAAGGCUAUAUUACUUCGUAAAAUUCCGGGAUUUAAACAUUCCUUUAUUAUUGGAAACGCGCUAGAAGUCAUUUACCCACCAGUGAAACUGUUUGAACUAGGAAGAAAAAUAGCAAAGGAAAAUAAUGGCAUAUACAGAUUCUGGUGUUUCCCCCUCGGAGCAAUUAGUAUUUAUAAUCCUGAAGAUAUUGAAAUAAUCCUUUCUGGUAUGAAAUAUCAUCAAAAGAGUCAGGUUUAUUCUUUUUUGAAACCAUGGUUGCAAGACGGAUUGUUACUGAGCUAUGGAGAAAAAUGGCAGGAUCGUCGGAAGAUUCUAACGCCAGCUUUCCAUUUUAAUAUAUUGCGUAGAUAUUACGUCAAUCUACAGGAAAAUACAAACCGACUAGUAGAAACUCUUAACAAGUCUUUGAACAAUGAAAUAGAUCUAGUACCUGUAAUUUCUGAGUGCACUCUUAAUAGUAUAUGUGAGUCUGCUAUGGGUACUAGGCUCAGCGAUGAAUCCGAUGGAAAACAAUACAAAAACGCAGUUUAUGAGUUGGGAUACUUAUUAGUCCAGAGAUUCAUCAGAAUUCAUUUGUAUGUAGAUUUCUUUUUUAACACGUCUUCAUUAGGUAAAAAGCAAAAGAAAUCUCUUUCUGUUGUGCACAAUUUUACUCGAAAAGUGAUAAACGACAGGAAGAAGUUUAUAACAGAUAAUGGAAUAAAUUUAGUUAAAGCAAUGGGCGAUAAGGACAAUGAUGAAUCUGAAAUGGUGUAUGGUAAAAAGAAAAGAACGGCAAUGCUUGAUUUACUAAUUUUGGCGGAACAAGAAGGUUUAAUGGAUAACGCCGGCAUCCAAGAAGAAGUUGAUACGUUCAUGUUUGAGGGUCACGAUACUACUGCAUCAGGACUGACCUACUGUCUAAUGUUGCUUGCCAACUACCCAGAAAUACAGGAUAACAUAAUAAUAGAGCUUAAAGACAUUUUCGGUGAGACAAAGCGUGCCACAAGAAUGGAAGACCUAAAUGCAAUGCGCUACUUAGAUCGUUGUAUCAAGGAAUCCCUUCGUCUAUAUCCUCCCGUACCCUUUAUUAGUCGUCAAAUAAAUGAGGAAGUUCAAUUAAGUAAUUACACAGUCCCAGCGGGAACUUUUUGUCACAUUCAUAUUUACGAUCUACAUCGCAGCGAAAAAUUAUUCCCAAACCCUUCUGUGUUUGACCCAGAUAGAUUUUUACCAGAAACGUGGGUAAGCGUCACAGUUACGCUUACAUACCUUUUAGCGCAGGACCGAGGAAUUGUAUCGGGCAAAAAUUUGCAAUAA